AUGGAGGAUGAGAUGCGGCCAGUGAGACAGCCGCAGAGGAGACUGACACCGAACCUGGAGGCUGUGGUUCGGGCAGAGAUCGUGAAGCUGUUGGACGCGGGGAUCAUCUUCGCCAUUUCCGACAGCGAGUGGGUCAGUCCCACCCAGGUGGUACCCAAAAAGGGUGGGAUGACUGUGGUGCCUAACGAGAAGAAUGAGCUGAUCCCGAUGCGCACAGUGACUGGGUACCGUGUCUGCAUUGAUUACCGGCGUCUCAACGACGCCACUCGGAAGGACCACUUCCCGCUACCAUUCAUUGAUCAGAUGCUGGAGAGACUGGCGGGGCACGAGUUCUACUGUUUCCUGGAUGGGAUGUCCGGGUACUUCCAGAUCCCGAUUGCACCGGAGGACCAGGCGAAGACCACUUUCACCUGCCCCUUCGGCACCUUUGCAUACCGGAGGAUCCCAUUCGGGCUAUGCAAUGCCCCGGCGACUUUUCAGCGAUGCAUGCUCGCUAUCUUUGACCGUCUAGUCGGCGAGAUUAUGGAGGUGUUUAUGGACGAUUUCUCGGUUUAUGGAGACUCAUUCUCUCACUGUCUCCAUAACCUAGAACUUGUCCUUAAACGGUGUGAAGAAACGAACCUGGCACUGAGUUGGGAGAAGUGUCACUUCAUGGUUCGAGAAGGCAUAGUUCUUGGGCAUAAGAUCUCCAAGAUGGGGAUUGAGGUGGACAGAGCGAAGAUCGAGACUAUCAGCAAGCUGCCUCCUCCUACAUCUGUUAAGGGGAUCCGGAGUUUUCUUGGUCAUGCAGGGUUCUAUAGGCGGUUCAUCAAGGAUUUCUCGAAGAUUGCUCUGCCCCUGAUUAAGCUUCUAGAGAGGAUGCCCCCUUCCAGUUCACUGAUGCAUGCACAGCGGCUUUCACGACCUUGA